AUGCUCCCUGUCACAUGGCAAGAUAAAAAGUCCCCAAAUCCCACGGUCAAAAAAAAUCAGGUUUUCCAUGGGAAAUUAAGGGAGAGAGCGGGGGGCAGCCGGCCCGCGAGGACCCACUGAGCUCUGCCUGCUACGGGGCACCCCGACAUCGGGGCGGCGGGUACCCGGCUUGGCCUUUCGGGGCUUCUCUUUCUCCCCCCAUUGCCCACCGCCCGCCCCCGGGGUGCGCGCGCCGUUCCCCACGGAGAGCUGGAAAAGCCCGGGGACCUAGAGGAGCUCAAGGUGCUCGAGGAGGAAGACGAGGCCAUGGGGAGCGGGGCCAGCGCGGAGGACAAGGAGAUGGCCAAGAGGUCCAAGGAGCUGGAGAAGAAGCUCCAGGAGGAUGCGGAUAAGGAGGCCAAGACGGUGAAGUUGCUCUUGCUUGGGGCUGGAGAGUCGGGCAAGAGCACCAUCGUCAAGCAGAUGAAGAUCAUCCACCAGGAUGGCUACACGCCUGAGGAGUGCAUGGAGUUCAAGGCCAUCAUCUACGGCAACAUCCUGCAGUCCAUCCUGGCCAUCAUCCGCGCCAUGUCCACGCUGGGCAUCGACUACAGCGAGCCGUCCCGCGCGGACGAUGGCCGGCAGCUCUUCAACCUGGCUGACUCCAUCGAGGAGGGCACCAUGCCCCCCGAGCUGGUCGACUGCAUCAAGAAGCUGUGGAAGGAUGCGGGGGUCCAGGCGUGCUUCGACCGAGCCGCCGAGUACCAGCUCAAUGACUCGGCCGCGUAUUACUUGAACCAGCUGGACAGGAUCACGGCCCCCGGCUACCUGCCCAACGAGCAGGAUGUGCUGCGGUCCCGAGUGAAGACCACGGGCAUCAUCGAGACCAAGUUCUCUGUCAAGGACCUGAAUUUCAGGAUGUUCGAUGUGGGAGGGCAGAGAUCGGAGCGCAAGAAGUGGAUCCACUGCUUCGAGGGGGUGACCUGCAUCAUCUUCUGCGGGGCGCUGAGCGCCUACGACAUGGUGCUGGUGGAGGACGAUGAAGUGAACCGCAUGCACGAAUCCCUGCACCUAUUCAACAGCAUAUGCAACCACAAGUUCUUUGCCGCCACGUCCAUCAUCCUCUUCCUCAACAAGAAGGACCUUUUUGAGGAAAAGAUCAAGAAAGUCCAUCUCAGCAUCUGCUUCCCAGAUUACGACGGUCCCAACACCUUUGAAGACGCCGGAAAUUACAUCAAGACCCAGUUCCUUGACCUCAACAUGCGAAAGGACGUGAAGGAGAUCUACAGCCACAUGACCUGUGCCACAGACACGCAGAACGUCAAAUUCGUCUUUGACGCCGUCACGGAUGUCAUCAUCAAAGAGAACCUCAAGGACUGCGGCCUCUUCUGA